UCUCGGUCGAUAAACUGAAAAUUAUAAAUCUUUUAUGUCGUAAUAGUUCUUACGUAGAAAUUUUCCAUACAAAUUUUAUUAUUGUUAAGUUAUUUAAUUAAUUUCUUAAAUGAAAAAUUAAUAUCAAAUGAUCGUAUUAUGGAAACUAUUAAUUUAAAGUUUUAACACACUUUGACAAAUGAUAGGUUACGAAAGAAGCAGUGAAAAUCGUAGUGUAUCUAUAUACGAUGACAACAUACAGAGUAGUGCUGUAGAAAUUUGUUAUUGUGUGAUAAACACCAUUUUCAUAUUUUUCAUAUUUUAUAUGUUUGUGUUGUGUGACAAACUCGACGUUUAUAUAUAGAAUAAAUUUACACAAAAUUUGUUGUUAUAUAUGUAUAUGUAAAAUGGAAAUAUUAAAACAACGGCAGAAAAAAAAAGAAGGAAAGAUUAAACUUUCUAUAGAACAACAGAUACCAGAUGUUCCAACGUUGGAAGAAUUCGAAUGUCUUCUUGAAGAAUCUCCUACAAAUUAUCCAAAGGGAGAAGGUAUUGAAAAUAUGGAAAAGGGAAAUAUAGAGAAAAUAACAACAUCAAUUUCUACAAUGGAGUUAGUUGAUAAGUCAUCUGAUGCCCUUAAUGAUGAAACUGCAACGCCAAAUUCAGUUCAAGUUACUUCAAAUAUAUCAAACUCAAAAAAUUCUACUAAUGAUAAGCAAACAAAAAAUCAGUCAGAUUCUAUCAUAAAUCAAAUAGAUGAUAUGCAUACACCUUUUAAAGAAAUUAUACCUUUUACAGAGAGCCAAUUAGCAUCAUUAUAUGUUAAUCAAGAAUUGGCAUUGAUUGAUGUGUUUAUUUCAGAAUUUACAGAAAUACAACUUAGAAGUAGUGCAAUUAAACAGCAACACAGAUUGCACGAGCUUUUAAUGAAUUAUCUUCGUGUAAGAAAUCAUUUAAUUAUCAAUUCUCAUGAGUUGGAAAUUUUAAGAAAAUCCUGUAGAGAAAUGCAAAAACAAUUAUGGUGUUUAGAUAAAGCCUGUAUUAGAGAAGCAGGAGAAUGUCAAGAUGGAAAUCCUGUUGUUGCUACACAUGAAUAUUGUACUGCACGAUUUAAUCACCAAGCAUUGGGUGCAUUAGCUCGAAAUUUAUCAACAAUAAAGGAUUUAUUACACAACACUCAAGCUCUAUAUUGUUAUGAAGCAGAAAUGUUGAAGUUACAAAUUGAGUAUUAUAUUCAAAGAGUUUGCAUAUCUUGCAAAGAAUUUACCAAUCUUCCUCAUAAUGCAUCUGUAAAUUUAUUACCAUUGCAUGUUCCUUCACAAACAAUUCCACAAUUAAUGGAAAUUAGGAUGUGCAUUACUAUAUUGUUUAAUUUUCAAAGAAAAUUAUUAAAAGACGGAAAAUUUGUAACAGACACUAGAGAAUGGCUUACAAGAUUAGUAGCAAUUCUAUUGAGAGUAGCAACUUGGCAAGAUCAUUUAUUUUUAUUGAAUCAUAUCUUGAGAUGUCCUGGUGGGGUAAUGAAUUGGGCUCGUAGUUAUGUUCAAACUCCUAUACCACAACAAUUUGGUAAAUUAGGUGUAUCUCCAUUAAAUGAUCCAUAUUUAGAUCAUAUAAUAGCUACAUUGGCAGUUAUCCUAUUACCUGUUAAAGACAGAGAUAAAUUUCUUGAACAGAUACAACAAUCAUUACAAGAUACAUCAUAUAGUCCAGGUGAUACUAUUUGGGUAAUAUUGGAUGAAGAAGGAGAAGAAGAUGAAGAUAUAGCUAAUAUUGGCGCAAACCUAUUUGAAAGUGACCUUAUUUCUUUACUAAACCAAAUUCCUUUUAAUAAAGUAUUUGAACAAGUGUUGUGUAUUCAAUAUCAGAAUGAUGAUUAUCAUCAAAACAAAACUUACAUUACACAUCAUCAUUUGUUUCGAAUGUUUGCGUUUUUUGCAACUGUUAUUAGACUUUUAAAGCAAGGUUUGAAAACAUAUGAUUCUCCAAGAUAUAGGCAACUGACCAAACGAUUAAGUGCAUUAAUUAGAGAUAUUGUACAGUAUGCUAAUGACCAAUGGGAAGACUUUGAUAAAGAUCAGAUCACUGAUGCAUCAGUGUUGAUGAAACUUCAACUUGAAUUUGAUUGUUUUUUUUUAAGAGCAGUUUUAUGCAUAUUUUCUUCACGUCGUUUAGGAGCAUGGCAAUAUUUAGCUUCUAUGCCAUAUCAUUUAAUAUCAUCCAAUAACUUGUGGCAAAUAUAUUACAUUUUACACACUGAUUGUACACAAGUAGACAUGCAUAUUUCUAAUAGAUAUAUUCAUGAUUGGAUAAAUGAAUUAAAUUCUUCACAAGUUCGUGCAAAAUUUGAAGAGAAAUUAAGUAAUAUGCCAGGAGACGAGUCAUAUUUUCUUUUAACCACUUUUGCUAAUAUGGCUUUGGCAAGAGCUGACAAAGAUUAUGAUUUUGUAAAAACAACAACAAUAGAUCUGUUUCAAAUAGGAUUUCUUAGUGAAAAAACACAAGAUUCUUGUUCAAAAGAUGCUCGAUCUCUAUUAUCAAAUUUAACAAAUAAACAUCCUUCGUUGUUAUCAGAUAUCUUGUUAAAGUUACGAGAUAAUUUUGUAUCAGCUGGAAAGUUAAGUUUAUAUCUAUUCACUGACUUAAAAUUACAUAAGUGGGUACCACAUGAAAAAGAUAUAGUUAUUCUUUCUACAUGGUUGGAUCAGUAUUCAUUAACAUCAACUGAGAAUCAUUUAGCCCGUUUAAUUCUUACUAAUUUAAAUUGGGGAUUUGAUGAGAGUGGUAACUUAUAUCUUCCUAUUGAUUUACAUAAACGCAUAGCAUUAUUAACUGUCGAGCUCACUAUGAAAUAUGUACCUGAUUCUUCUGUCCAAAAUACCUCUUUAUUGGUAGAAGGUGUUAAACAGGUUUCAACAAUGAUAAGACCUCAAACUGCUGAACAUAUUUUUUCAUUAUGGGCGUGGGAUAUGAUUUCUAAAUUUAGAUUACAUCAACUUGAUCAAAAUGAAGCACAUUGCCAUUAUGUACUUUCAAACCCCACUGUGGCAUUUGCUCAUGUACCAGACAUGGAUUCUGAUUCAUGUUUAGAAAUUUUGAUAACUGGUACACGAGAAAAGCAACCUAUUGCUUGUUAUGUGGCAACGAUCAUGACGUUAUGGGGUCAUUCUAUACCUUUAAUAUGUUCAAAAGGUUUUGCCCAAUUAGAAAUAUUACAAUAUCAUUAUAAAUAUGAACAAGUGCUUAUAUGUUUGCAUCAUAUAAUACCAUUAUUUUUGGAAUGUGUUGAUUCAUUACUUAAGAAUGAUAAAUUUAUUAGUCUCAUUAUUUCUUUAAUUGCGGCUGAUAGAACCUAUAUGAAAGUGGCUAAAAGCCUUAUAACAUCUGAUUUUCCAGGAACAAUAUUAAAACAAUUUUCAAAUAUGAUACAUUCACAUUUAUAUAAUUAUAAAAAAUAUCGAUUACAGACACCAAAAGAUUUUGUAUAUCUAUGGUUAAGUACACUUGUACUUGUACCAGACUGGAAUAAAGACCAAAAUGUAAUGUAUUUAAUGGAUAUAGUCAUCAGUACUGCAUUUUUUUAUGCAGAUGCAAAAAUAACAGUGGAGCACAUGUUUCAGAAUCUUUUCUCUACUAUGUCUAAUCGCAAUGUGAUGACAUCAUUUGGAUCAUUUUUAAAUUGGGCAACUGGUUCCUCAAAUUCGGUCAGUCUUUUAGGAAAAUCUACUCAAUCUGUUUGGGUUGCUUAUCAAGUAUUGUUAACUGAACAAUAUAACAGAGAAAUUAAAACUAAACUAUGGCAUGAAAUUUUAAAGGAAUUGUCAGUACAACCUAAAAUAUCAUUAGAUACUGCUAUUAAGCGAGCUUGUGCGACUGUAAAAAUGCAAUCAUUUGGAGCAAAUGGAUUAUUUAUAUAUCGUUGGUCACAGCAAGCAUUAGAUACACCUAUAGGACAUCCUAUUCUUCCUCUUUUAUGGCAAAACUUCUUUGCUUUAUUUCUUGCAAGAGUUCCGUCAAUGUCAGGAAUUGUGGAUCAUGGUGGAAUUGGUGAAAAAUUUUUUGAAGGCAUGAUUAAUUUAAGUUAUUUAAAAAAAUUAAAAAAACGAUUGCACGAUACUACUACAUAUUUUCAAUUAAAAGGAGAAAAAGAUUUAGAUAAUGGAAAGCCAAUCACUGAUGACAGACGAGCAUUUUAUUUCAAUGCAGCAAAAUUUUAUAAGACUUUAAGUUUGUGGCUUGAAGAACCCAGAUUACAGGAACCAGGUCUUUAUUUACCAGCAUUACCGCCACAAUACAUGUCACAAAAAUUAGUAUUACUCGUUCAGGACAAUUGGACACCAUGGUUAGAAUAUAUUGAUUAUUGGACAGUUCAGCAAAAUCAAAUAAUAGCAGCUCAAGAAUGGGAACGUACAUGUUGUAGAAAUCAAGAAAAUUAUUAUCAAAAAGGAAGAAAUGUAUCAAUCUCGUCUUCUGAAAUUGUUGGACCAUUACAAAGAAUAUUUAAAAGAUUAACUACAUAUGAGUAUCCUGUUCCACCUCCACCCUUAAAUCGAAAUCAAGCAGUUUUUAAUUCUGUAUCAAAAGAGAAUAUAUACAAUUCUAAAUCAUUAAUUGAUCUCGUCAAACCAUAUCUUAAAAUAAUAUUAGACUAUGCUCAGACAUAUAAUUUAAUGGUUUCUGAGCAUAUUGCAGUAGAUUCUAGUUUUCUGGAACUAGUGCCUACCCUUUAUAGAGAAAAUGAGAAUCAAGUAACGUUGCAUGCAUUGUGUGAUCCAGCUCCUCCAAAUCAGAAAUAUUCUAGAUCAGGAACACCACCCACUGUGCACUGUGCUGGUCCAGCAGUAAUUAUAGUUAAGGUACCUGAAGCUCACAUUAGCGAUGCUGUUGAUCAUACGAUAACACAAAACAGAGCUGAAUAUGAAAAUUUGUUGAUAAAAGCCAGUCAGCCACCAUCUAGUAAAGUUACUCAAGGAUGUGUAUUUAUAGAUCAUUUAAUUGCAAUGCUGGAACACGAAAUAGUUAUAAAUCGAACAAAUGAAAACGCUACAGCAUUGUAUAAAAUUCAAGAAAGUGGAGUAAAAUUAUUUUAUUACCUUGUAGACUGUUAUACAGAAGAAGCAUCAUUUUGUCCACCAACAAAACAACUUCUUACUACUUGUUUAGAAAAAUUAGGACAGUCAUUUAUUAAUGGGGAGGAAACUCAAGGUCCACAAUUAUUAAGCACCAUUAUGCAGAAACAAAAUCUUGGUGGUUUACUUGGACCUUAUUUUACACCUGUUGCUGGUAGUGCUUCAACAUUCCUACAAAUGUAUGAAACUGUUGUUGAAUUUUCUACGAGUACAAAAGUCGAUCUUUGUUUUGUAUUAUUAUCAAAAUUUGAUGUAAAAGUUUGGUUAAAUUAUAAACGUCCAAGAUUAAGCGAACGAUCAACGUUCAUUGAUUUGGUAUCUAGAGCUCUUUGUAAUAUGGGUCUUAAUCCUGAUGAAACAAAGCUGGUACUACAUGAGCUAUUUAGGAAUCAUCUACGAUUUAUAUUACUACAUGAAUUUCCUGAACAUUAUGGAGAAGUUUUAAGUGUUGUAUUAAAAAGUAGUGAAAGUCAAAAUUUAUCAUUAGAUGUUUGGCGAGAUUUAUUAGGGACACUCAGUGGCAAAUCAAAAAACGCAUUUUCAAGUCAUUCUAAAAUUAGAGAUGAGAUUCGUCAUUACGCUACUGAACAAAAGCUUCUUUCUCGACAAGAGAUAUACGAUACAGCCGUAUUAUUAAGUAGACAUUUCAUGCAAGAACGUUUACAAUAUGGUCUUUAUGGACUGUAUCCAAAAUAUAGAAUUUACAAUGAACCUUUAAGUAUAUUUCUUGGCAUGGUGGUGUGUGAGAAAAUAUGGCCUAUUUUAAGUGAAAUGUAUUCACCUUGGAUUGCACCAUAUUGGACACGAAAUUUAAAAGAACCAACUGCUGCAUGGAUUCAACAACUUACAGAUGAUCGAUCUGUUUUAUUACCAUGGAUUAUUACAGACGGUCCAUAUGCUAAUAAACUUGUAGCAAUGUUUAUUGAAUGUGUUCGUUUUAUUAUCGAUACAUUGCCAGCAUCUAGCAAGAUACUCUGUUUCGUCUGGCAAUUUUAUGUUACCAAUUUUGCACAUGCUUCAGUUAAAGAUCAUAUUUUAAACGUUAUUCAUGGCAACUUUUUAUCAUUGCCAUGGGAUCGUUUUUAUCCAUCUGUAAAUGAUGUGGAAUUAAUGGUAAAAGUAAUUGAUCAAUAUCUGCCAGAUAGUCACUUAUUCCUUGGAAGUGUAUUUACGUGUGUACAUUGGCCGUUUUGGAUAAAUGACUUAUUAGCAUCACAGUCAUUAGCUCUUGUAGCAAGGAUACAUGUUUGUUUAUUGAAUUUAUUAGUAAAAUUAUCCAAUGAACCAAACGUUAGACAGACCGAUAAAGUAACUCAGUUAAUUAUGGAUGCGGAAAAAUUUUCUUGGCAUUUAUUAGAUGCAUCUGCCUAUGAUCACAUAAUUAAUUGGCAUGUUAUGAGCUGUGAUUCAAGAGUUGUUCUCUAUUCUCAUAAUGAGCAAUGCCAUUCUAUAGAUGUUGCUGUACAUAAUUUGUUAAAGGUGGCAGCAGGCUAUGAUUCUGUUGUAAGUCAUUUUCAUCCAACUACAUUAAAAAAGAGACAACUGUAUAUACGCUGUACAGUAAAAUUAUUAAUUACUUGUACAACUCGAUAUAAACCUUUAUUAACUACAAAUCCAAAAGUAUUUAAUAAUACGUUGUCAAAAAUGUUAGAUGAUAUGGAAGCUAUUAUUUUAAACACUGUUCCAGAACCUCAACAAAUUGCAGAAGCAAGUUUAUUAAUUACUGAAUUACUCUAUGCUGUGAAUCAACAUGGAGUUCUUAUGGAACAUCUUCGCAUUAGCUGGACAUCGUGGCUUUUGAAAAGAACAGCUAGUAAUCCAAUUCUUCUAAGUAUAAUUAAAGUCAUUGGAACAACAAUUACUUCACCAUCUGUACUUGGAGAAUUAAUGGAAGCUGCAUUAGAAGCAUAUUUUAAAUUUAAUUCAGCAUCUGAAGAAGUUUCACCAACUUGGGCUUCAGUUUUAACAAUUUUGCAAUCAGUAAUACCUCGACAACCACCAUUGGAAUCAUUUUUAAUUUCUGAGGGAAAACUUCUUGCUUUAUAUUUUAUUUUAUUAAAACGACUUCCAUUAUGUCAAGAUAUUAGGGAAGAAGGAGUACUUCUUAUAAAUUUAGUUGACUGGAUUUCUGCUAUUAGACCAACGAAUAUAAAUGAAGAAAAAUUACCUCUUCUUUGGGCUAAAAUUUGUGAAUUAGCAUAUAGACAAUGUCAGUAUAAUGAAAACACUAGGACUGCUGCUAGAGCUCUUAAAGGUUUAGCACGUUCGUUAUUAACAAUUGCUGAUGAUGGAGGACAGGGAUGGGGGAUACUAGGAGCUAUUGGCCUUAAGAAAAAUUCCAAUCUUUCAAUAAGAUGCAAAUUUUUAAGCCGUGUGAUAGGAGUUUAUUGUUUAGCUCAAUUACCCGAAUCAAAAUCAGAUCAACAGAUAGUAAGAUUUACACCUCAGUCACCUGGAGUAGCAUUAUCAAAAACAAAUGAACCAGAUAUAAUGGAAAUUCGACCUAGUACAGAAGCUAUAAAAGCUAUGCAGGCUUUAGAAGGACUUUUAUUAAAUAAACAAUAUGCAACGCUUAAGGGAGAUAUAGAACGAUCUAUUAAAUUAAUUAGGGAUCCUGCUAAUUCUUUGCAUAAUGCAACAGCCAUUCUAGGUGUAUUGACAACAGAGCUUUACAAUCAAAGAUAUUUGCAUGUUUUGAUAGAUUAAUAUAAUUUCUUUUUUUUUGAUCAGAUUAAAAUGAAAAUAAUUAAUAAUUUUAUAUCUGUUAAUUUGUAUUUUUAUUGUACAAAUUGAAAGCAGCACUUUUUUUAUGUAAGUAUUGUAAGACAAUUUUAAAAGAUUUGUAAAUUUCAUGUAAAUCUAGUCAUAAAAGUUUGAUUACAUCUUGACAAUUAUUUGGAUGAUUAUAUAGUAAUGACACUUUAAAAAAAAAAAAAUAUAUAUAUAUAUAUAUUAAUAUAUAUAUAUUAAUAUAUAUAUAUAUAAAACAAUUUGUAUAAUAUUACAUGUUCUACAUUUAUAUGUGCAUUAAACGAAUAUGAUUUGUGUAUUUAAAUAUUUAAGCUAUAUAAUAAUCUUGUGAUUGAAAAUAAAAUUAAUAAAUUGAAAUUUGUUCUUUCAAAAUGUUAAAUGUAAAAAUAGAAACGUUUAGAGAGACAUUUGGAAAUCCAAGCUUCAGAAUGAGUUGAAAUUGGACGAUCUCGAAAUUUUCAGUAAAAUUCCAAUUUUCAGUAAAAUUCCAAUCCCAAUCGAAUUUUAGUUCUGAAUCUUAGAUUCUACAUGUAUUAUUUAUAUAUAUGUAAAAAAUCUUCUGUUUUAUUACUAUUAUAAUUAUUAUUUAAUGAUUAUUUUAGAAAACAUUUUUGAAUAUCAUAUCUUUAUUAUAUUAAUAUUAUAUUAUUUAUUCAUAUCGUUAUUACAUUUAAUUACAAUUUUUAAUAUAGUAGCCAGUUAGUUAUAUUGUAUGGAUAAAUUGUAUUACUUCUAUUUCAUUAAUGUUUUUUUUCAGUUACUAAUUAA